AUGAGAGGGAAAUACUUUCUCCUCGGCUUCUUGUUGCUCAAACUUAUGGCUCUCGUGUGCAAGGCUGACGGGGAGCCGGGACUGCUCGGCGGAUUCGUAAUGAUCACCACCUCCAACGGUUCCAGGGAGGAGGAGAGCGUGUCCGAGGAGACCCCGCACACGGAGGACAAAUGUCGGGGUUACUACGACGUGAUGGGCCAGUGGGACCCUCCGUUCAUCUGCAAAACGGGCAAUUAUCUGUACUGCUGCGGCACCUGUGGCUUCCGCUUCUGCUGCUCCUUCAAGCACUCGCGGCUCGACCAGAGCACCUGUAAAAAUUAUGACACUCCGGUGUGGAUGAAGACCGGGCAGACCCCUUACAACAAAAUGAACAAGAUGCACGACAGCACCAAAGACAAGACGAACUUAAUAGUUUACAUCAUUUGUGGAGUAGUGGCCAUCAUGGCUCUUGUUGGGAUUUUCACCAAACUGGGGCUGGAAAAAGCGCACCGGCCUCAGAGAGAGAACAUGUCCAGGGCCGUCGCCAGCGUGCUGCAGGGCGGGUGUCCAGGUGAGCAGUACCGGGGGGAGGAGGCCCUUGGGAUGCACUCGCAGCACUAUGUUUCCAGGGCCACCAACCUGCAGGGUGGCCAGAUUAACAACAACGUGGGACCAGGUUCAAACAUGGGCCAGCAGCACCCUUAUCCUGCCCUCAGCCAGCUGGCUCAUGUCUACGAGCAACAGCAGCAGCAGCAGCAUCAGCAGCAGCAGCAGCAACAGCAGCAGCAAAACAAGGAUCUCAACAAGUACGCCUCUCUGAAGGCUGUAG